UCCUUAAAUAAAGAAAGACUCUUUCACAUUGUUAUUUUCAUCAGAAGGGAAAGAAGAAAAACUUUCCUAAUUAGAUCGAGCUCGUCGUUAUCUCUCUAUUAUAUUUCUUACUGGGGCUUGUUUGGUUGCUUCUCUUUUUGGACUUCUUUUAUAUAAUUUAUAUAUUCUACGAGAAAUGGGAAGGGGUAGGGUUGAAAUGAAAAGGAUAGAGAACAAGAUCAAUAGACAAGUGACAUUUUCGAAAAGAAGAGCUGGUCUUUUGAAGAAAGCCCAUGAGAUCUCGAUUCUUUGUGAUGCUGAGGUUUCCCUUAUUGUCUUCUCCCAUAAGGGGAAACUGUUCGAGUACUCGUCUGAAUCUUGCAUGGAGAAGGUACUAGAACGCUACGAGAGGUACUCUUACGCCGAGAAACAGCUAAAAGCUCCAGACUCCCACGUCAAUGCACAAACGAACUGGUCAAUGGAAUAUAGCAGGCUUAAGGCUAAGAUUGAGCUUUUGGAGAGGAACCAAAGGCAUUAUCUGGGAGAAGAUUUAGAAUCAAUCAGCAUAAAGGAGCUACAGAAUCUGGAGCAGCAGCUUGACACUUCUCUUAAACAUAUUCGCUCCAGAAAAAAUCAACUAAUGCACGAGUCCCUCAACCACCUCCAAAGAAAGGAGAAAGAAAUACUUGAGGAAAACAGCAUGCUUACCAAACAGAUAAAGGAGAGGGAGAGUAUCCUAAGGACACAUCAAAACCAAUCAGAGCAGCAAAACCGCAGCCACCAUGUAGCUCCUCAGCCGCAGCCGCAGUUAAAUCCUUACAUGAUCUCUCAUCAGGCAUCUCCUUUCCUAAAUAUGGGUGGCAUGUACCAAGGAGAAGAUCCAACGGCGGUGAGGAGGAACCGUCUCGAUCUGACUCUUGAACCCAUUUACAACUGCAACCUUGGUUACUUUGCCGCAUGAAUGGACUCGCCAUAUAUCGACAUAAAAUAAUUAAUAUAAGAUCGAUUUUUACGAAUAAUAAUACGCAGCAAUGGUUAGCCACCAUAUAUACACUGGAAAUUCUAUUUAUCCUUAAUUAAUAUAUUUUAACUUUUUGAGUGAAACUGUUCUGUGUAAAAUUUGUUACAUUGAUUUAUACUACAUAAACCCUCCAGACC